ACACGCUGCUUAAAUACAGGACGUGGACGGGGCUCUGUCUCUGCAACCUCAGUGGUCAGCCCAGCCCAGGACAGAGAACCAGCCACCACCGAACAAUGCCAUCCUCCACUAUGUGGGGUCUGCUCCUGUGGGCAGCCCUGAGCUCCCUGGCCCAGGGGCUCCAGGGAGAAGCAGUCCAGGAGACAGACCAUGACCAGCUCGCCUGCCACAAGAUCUCCUCGAGCCUGGCUGACUUCUCCUUCAGCCUGUACCGCCAUCUGGCCCAUGAGUCCAACACUUCCAACAUCUUCUUCUCCCCCGUGAGCAUUGCCUCGGCCUUCGCGCUGCUGUCCCUGGGCGCCAAGGGAGAGACGCACACGCAGAUCCUGCGUGGUCUGGACUUCAACCUCACAGAGAGAACAGAGGAGGACAUCCACCACGGUUUCCAGCAUCUCCUGCACAGCCUCAACCAGCCGGACAGCCAGCUGCAGCUGACCACUGGCAACGGUCUGUUUAUCCAGCAGGGGCUGAAACUGGCUGAGAAGUUCCUGGAAGAUGCCAAGAAAAUGUACCACUCAGAAGCCUUCUCCAUCAAUUUUGAGAAUUCCGAAGAGGCCAAGAAGCAGAUCAACGAUUAUGUGGAGAAGAACACCGAGGGGAAGAUUGUGGAUUUGGUCAAACACCUUGACAAAAGUGCAGUGUUUGCUCUGAUCAAUUUCAUUUUCUUCAAAGGCAAAUGGGAGAAGCCGUUCGAGACUGAGAUGACCAAAGAGGAGGACUUCCACGUGGACGCACAAACCACGGUCAAGGUGCACAUGAUGAACCGCCUGGGCAUGUUCCACAUCCAGCGCUGCCAGGAGCUGUCCAGCUGGGUGCUGCUCAUGGACUACCAGGGCAACGCCACUGCCAUCUUCCUCAUGCCUGACCAGGGCGAGCUGCAGAACGUACAGGACAAGCUUAGUGUGCAGAAGCUCGCCAAGUUCCUGCAGCGGACUCAUGCCAGCUCCGUCAACUUAAAGCUGCCCAAACUGUCCAUUUCUGGGACCUACGAUUUGAAAACCACCCUGAGCAAAAUGGGCAUCACCAAGGUCUUUGACAACGAUGCCGACCUCUCGGGCAUCACCACAGACAAGCCCCUGAAGGUGUCCCAGGCCGUGCACAAAGCAGUGCUCACUGUCGACGAGAAGGGCACAGAGGCGACCGGCGCCACCUUCAUGGAAGCCAUUCCCAUGUCUCUGCCCCCAGAUGUCUCUUUCAACCAUCCCUUCAUCCUGGUCAUCUAUGACAACAUCACCAAGGCGCCCCUCUUCGUGGGGAGGGUGGUGGACCCCACGCAGGGGUGAGUGCCUGGGCCAGCCCCUCGCCUCCAGACCUGCCUCUGCCCCUGUGACAUUAAAGAACAAUUGGCCGACCUGGCCCAGACACAAA